CUUUCAUUGUGGAUUUGGAGAGACAAUGCAGACCGGACGAAUACUGCUUUUUCUCAUUGCUCCGAUCGUCUCUGAGUGCUGCUGUGGGAAAAACUCCAAUAAGGAAAGAGGUUUCCAGCAGGACACUAAACAUCUUUACUACAGAGCAGUGGAGGGUGAAAUCUUCAUGCUGCCCUGCAACAACAGGAAGGUGACGUGGUUCAGGAUUGGAGAAAGUCCAGGAGAACAGAAAAGCUCCUUUGAAUGUGAGACAAAGUUCUUCACUGAUGUCACGCACUCUGGAAAUUACACAGACGGAAACGGGGAGCGGUUCCUUCACCUGCAUGUCGUGAGUAAGGCCAGUCUGCCAUGUUCGGAGCCUGAUGGAGAGAGUCGUGUGAUGCUGAAGUUGAACGCCGGGGAGAGGAUCUUGUGUCCAGGUUUCAACUGCAGUGACAACUCCCAGGUCACCUGGUACAAGGACAGCAAACCAGUGUCCGAGCAGAACAGAGAGUCUUGCUCUGACAACGGGCUUUUACUCCUCUGCACUGUCAGCGAAUACGACACCGGAGUGUUCUUUUGUGACAGAAAUAUCAUUGAACGACAAGUUCACUGGACUUACCGGAGAUCUGUACAAGUCACUGUCCGCGCACAAAUCAGAGCAAAUGAACCUCCGCACAUUGUACAUCGCAAAACAACAGAGGAAGUGGAGAUCGGACAUUCUCACAGCCUGGUGUGUCAGGUACACUUUCCCUUUGAGCUCAACUUUUCUCGAGAGGUUCAGUGGUAUAAAAACCCGGGUGGGAACAUGGACAACCAAAUUCAGCUGCGAGUGGACAAGCAGGAGCUUAGACAAGAAUGGCUGCCGAUUGACCGGCACCAGGUCACGGCGACAACUCUAAUAGACAAGGUGACAACACAACAUCUGCGCGACACCUUCACCUGCGUUGCCUCCAACAAAGCUGGAACUAACAACGUCACCAUCAGUCUCCGAAGGAAGAUCAUGGGGAAACACCCAUGUCUGGUUGGUUAUCCAGUCGCCUUCCUGGUGGUGGUGACUGUACUGGCACUUGUGUUACGGAGGAACUGGCUUGAACUACAACUUCUCACCAGGACACACUGCCAGUAUGGGAAACGUCUCAGAGAUAAGGAAUUUGAUGUUUUUCUUUCAUACGAUUCAAGUCCAACCGCGGCAGAGGUCAUGAUCGACUCGCCUACGGCUGAAUUGAAAGCAGGCUGUCCUUUGAUCUCAGCGGAGCCGGUGGGGUUUGAACUCAGCAGAAUAUUGGAGGACUGCUGGGGAUAUCGGCUUUGCAUGACUGAGAGAGAUUUGCUACCCGGAGGAGUGUACAGGGAUGACGUAGAGAGUGCGAUUCAGAGGAGCCAAAUGGUCAUAUGUGUCCUGUCGCCUGACUACCUUACCAAUGCCAACACCCUGUAUGUUCUAGAAUCGGGAGUCCAGGCUCUGUUGAAAACCUCCAUCCAAAAACUUCUGCUGAUACAGACCAGUCACACUCCCACAGGUAUCGCCCAGGUUCAUUCUGCAGUGGUCCACCGGGCCAUGAAGGUUCUUCCUAGUCUAGUUUGGAACUCAGGGGGAACAGACGGAGCCCGCAGUAGCUUCUUGAAGUCGCUGAGGCAGAGCCUACCCUCGCAGCAAGUGGACAAAGGUUCACAUAAACAAGGCUAAAACCGAGACACUCAACUGCAUGUUCAGGCUCUUCAUUCACAGUUGGAACCUUCGAGCACAAAAGUGCGCUCGGGAAAUUCCGGUGAACAUGGCACCAACACCUUUGCAUCUAAUGUACUUUUGAGUCUGAGACAUUGAUCGUGGUUAACACCGUGGCAGCAUCUGCUCAACAUAUGCGUCUUCUGAAACCGGGUUUUUAAUAAAAAACAAAAGUUUUCAGAAGAACACAUACACUUGAAUGACAGGUGGUCUGUGAGUUUUGUACAUUUCUUUUCUUU